UUCUCUUAUCGCCUACAAGACGGUUUUUUCUGUCUGGACAAGUCACGCCACGUACUUGCAUACGUUCUGCACCGUGCCCGCUGGCCUGUAGACUCUUUGGGUUGUCGUGAAGCAGGUCAUACGGAAAUAAAAGGAAGUCAGUCGGUUGUCAGCCCCACGAACGUUCUGUUUGGACGGUUGUGUCAAAUCCAUUCUCGUUAAUUCGUGAACAUUUUUGUCGUCUUGUACCCCGUUGUGCAGGGAGCUCGCUUUUUUCUGCCCUGCGGCCGAUGGAUGCUUGGAACUGCAACAUAGUUUUGAAGGCUUUCCAAGUCUUCUCGUGCGUCACCUGCGUAUACAGGAGGGUAUCCCCUCUCACGAUGAAAGGACAUUGGUUUCGUGCGACGUCCGGGCUCGGAAUCCUUUCUUUUUUCAUGAGCAUGGGAACAGAACGCGCGUACAGCCUAUCUGCAGCGAGCUCUUUCCAAUUAGGUGACCGCCCCGAAGACUCUGCAUUCUCUCUGAAAAUCUCGCCUCUUCGGGACCUAUCGCACGACUUACGCCGCUUGGCUACAUCUCCGUCGGUGCCAGCAUACGUGACGAGAGUCCAGACCAGCAGAACAAAUCCUGCGUCAGCAAACUUCCGGAGUUCAGACGAUGAGCUGGCUCCGAUUCUCCGAGGAAUCUGCAAUAUCUCUGCCUUCAAUCCUUGCGUCCCUGAAGCGCAGUGUGUGCCCACUGUCCCUGUGAUUGGGGAAGCAGCGUGCAUCUGCCCUCCAGGUUAUGCUGGUGACGGUCGAGCCGCUGGUGAAGGAUGCGUAGACAUAAACGAGUGUGUUACAGGAAACAAUGAUUGUGACACGAGGACAACCGUUUGUGUCGAUCUCCCGGGGUCGUACAAGUGUGAAUGUAAACCCGGAUUUCUAACAGCACCCAAUGGACGGACGUGUCUGGAUAUUGAUGAAUGCCAGAGUCCUGCGCUGAAUGACUGUAAUCCAGUAACCAUGACUUGCCACAAUCUGGAAGGCACGUAUCGGUGCGUGUGCAAGGACCCGCAGCAGAUCAUGGAUCCCCUGACGAAACGUUGUAGAGACUUGAAUGAAUGCGAGGACAUGAAUGGAAUAAUGAAUCCAUGCGAACAACUGUGUUUUGACAGAUUCGGAGGAUUUGAAUGCGGUUGCAGGGAAGGGUACAGGCUAUCCAGGGAUGGCGUAUCUUGUGCAGAUGUUGAUGAAUGUGCCGAGCCAACGCUUAACGCCUGUGACCCAGAAGGUGUUGUCUCACGUUGUCAGAAUGAGAUUGGUGGCUACAGAUGCCUGUGCAAUAUUGCCCUGGGCUUUACUGACGGUCCAGAUGGGAUAUCAUGCGUCAACUUGGAUGAGUGCGCUAGAGAUCCGUAUAUCUGUGGGGGAGCACUUUCCUGUUGCAAAGAUUUAUUUCCUCCUCAGCGCUUUGCAUGUACUGUUCCUCUUGACGACACACUCGGCCAUACAGCUCCAUUAGGGGGUGUUACGUCGCAGACUAUUAAUGCUGCCUUUGGAUCAUCUCCUCUAACAAGUUGGAUUCCUGACUUUCUUGGAGUAGCAAAUAGUGCAAGUCUGGCAACGCCCCGAGUUCUGGAGCAAACAUCACCAAAACUAACAUCGGGGGAGUCGAAUCUCCUCAAUCAUUCUGGGGUGUCUCCAGACACACAGACCAAACGUUCUGACUCUCUUGCCGACCCACAGACAGAUCGGUUUAUUGAGCUAAUCUCGGAAGAAACUGCGCUAUAUCGAGCAAACGGGGGAGCUAUGGAUUUCUUUUGUGUCAUUGCUGGAAGUAGGACGAACGAUGAGGUCCGUGAACAACUGGAAAUUCUUCGAUCUCUUGGUAACACCAACACCGCGGACCCGCAAGCUUCGCGCCGACUACAGUUACUUACCGCUCUGAAACCAGGAUCCCCACAUAUCCCAGGUAGUCAGUUGGGUCCUAUAGGUGGUUUAAGGUUCGCACGUGGCGCCACAUGCCCAGCAGGCUUUCGCCUCGGAGGCGAUUUGUAUCGAGAGAAAGUUAGGAAUAAAGUGAAGAAUACGUUUGAAUACUUGAUUACAAGUAACAUUCAGACUAACACCGACGGGACGCGGAAAGUUGUUGCUCCACAGGAAGUGGCUGCUGGCGUUUUGGGAAAUACACACCUGGUCGCCGACGAAGCAAUGAAGUGGUACAAUGAACUCUCAAACAUUCCGUCCUCUCUCGGUUCCGCUGUACAGCUAGGAAAUGCAGCCGCAGAUGCGGCAAGAGAUGCUGCCCUGCAACAGCUCAUGAGUAGUGGUGCGUAAACUCUGGAAGACCUAGCUCUCUCAUACUCUGAAAAACAAUGGAGAAGUGUGACUGCCUAGAGGGUCAAGCCUCGAUCUACGCAGACAGUUGACUUUUCAGACUUGUUCUUUUCUCUGAGAAUGUACCGCCCCUUGUUGAUAAACAGGUACCCACGUUUGUGUCUCGGUGCUGUGAAAAUUCGAGGGAAUAUUAUGUAGUUCCUCGCCGUGUGCAGAUGCCCAUUUGCCCCGCACAGCUACACCUAGAGUCGUAGUACUCGGAAUCUACCAACCGACGUGAGAGAAGUGCACGCAGGCGUAUGUGGCAAAGACAGUGACUGCUUCUCCUCCUUGUCGAGAGGCAGUUCACUCAUUUUCUUUGUCAGUAGUAAAAUUUGGUUCUUCCGUCGUAUCGCAGUGACAUGCCGUUAGUGAAAGCGAGUUUGCAUCGCUUAAAGAUACGUGUCUCCGACGAAACUGUGGAAAAACUCAUACAUUUUUUUCUUCACAGAGUCUGCAACAAAACUACCACGGCAGA